AGUGCCUGUGCCGCUGCUUCCUGCCCGGUGCGGCGCGUGUGGCGGAGCGGCCUCUCGGCUCCCCCCGGUCCGGUCGUGAUCGCUGUCCCGCCCCGCGCAGGGGGCUCCGCUCAGCACCAUGGUGAAGCCACGCUAUAAGGGGCGCAGCACCAUCAAUCCCUCCCGCGCCAGCACCAACCCCGAUCGCGUGGGGGGCGCGGGAGGAAACAACAUGCGGGACCGAGCCACCAUCCGCCGCCUCAACAUGUACCGGCAGAAGGAGCGCAGAAACAAACACGGCAAAGUGAUUAAGCCUCUGCAGUAUCAGUCAACAGUGGCCCCAGGCACAGUCGCAAGAGUGGAACCAAAUAUUAAAUGGUUUGGAAAUACUCGUGUGAUCAAGCAAUCAUCCCUACAGAAAUUUCAAGAAGAGAUGGAAACUGUCAUGAAAGAUCCUUACAGAGUGGUCAUGAAGCAAAAAAAGUUGCCCAUGUCCCUUUUCUACGAUCGGAUUAAACCCCACACCUCCAGAGUUCACAUUCUUGACACAGAAACGUUUGAAACGACGUUUGGCCCCAAAGCACAGAGGAAAAGACCAAAUCUUUGUGCAAGUGACGUGCAGUCUCUGGUGGAGAACGCUGAAGCCUCCUCAGGAGCUUAUGAUCAGGGCAAGGACCGAGACCUGGUGACAGAAGACACUGGUGUAAGGGAUGAAGCACAAGAGGACAUAUAUAAGAAAGGACAGUCCAAAAGAAUCUGGGGGGAGCUUUACAAGGUGAUAGACUCAUCAGAUGUUGUCGUUCAGGUUCUUGAUGCCAGGGAUCCCAUGGGCACUCGCUCCCCUCACGUGGAAUCUUAUCUUAAAAAGGAGAAACACUGGAAACAUCUCAUUUUUGUCCUGAACAAAUGUGAUCUUGUUCCUACCUGGGCUACCAAGCGCUGGGUGGCUGUCCUUUCCCAGGAGUAUCCAACACUUGCUUUUCACGCCAGCCUCACAAACCCAUUUGGCAAAGGGGCUUUCAUACAGCUCCUACGGCAGUUUGGAAAGUUACACUCUGACAAGAAGCAGAUCAGCGUGGGUUUCAUUGGUUAUCCCAACGUUGGCAAGAGCUCGGUCAUCAAUACGUUGCGGUCGAAGAAGGUCUGCAAUGUGGCCCCUAUUGCAGGUGAAACAAAGGUCUGGCAAUACAUUACCCUCAUGCGGCGGAUUUUUCUCAUCGACUGCCCGGGUGUCGUGUAUCCCUCUGGAGACUCAGAAACAGACAUUGUGCUGAAGGGGGUGGUUCAAGUUGAGAAGAUAAAGAGCCCUGAAGAUCACAUCAGUGCUGUACUGGAAAGAGCCAAACCAGAGUACAUCAGAAAGACCUACAAAAUUGAUUCCUGGAAGGAUACAGAAGAGUUCCUUGAGAAACUUGCUGCUAGGACUGGAAAACUGCUAAAGGGUGGUGAGCCCGACUUGCAAACUGUGAGCAAAAUGGUUCUCAAUGACUGGCAGAGGGGCAGGAUUCCCUUCUUUGUGAAGCCACCGAAUGCAGAAACAGGUCCCCAGCCUCCUGCCUUGGAAGUAGCUGUGACAUCGAGCCAAGAUAAUAAUGAGGAGAAAACCUCUGAGUUGGUGGCAUCAAGUGUGGAGCCAGCCCCCGAGAAGAAUAAUACAGACAGUGAAAUUAAGCAGCUCAUGUCACAUGUUCGGCAGAAUUUUGGGAGGAUUAAUGUGGCACCUCAGUUCUCUGAAGAAGACCUGGUUCCUGUAGAUGUGCCAGGCUUUGAGGAAACAGACAGUGAAUCCUCUGGAGAGGAGGAGCAGGAAGAGGAGAAAGAGGAAAAUGAGCAGCAGCAAGAUCCAGUGGAGGAGGAAUCGCCGUUGGCCAUGCCUGGUGCCAGGGAGAGCUCUAAGGCAGUUCUUCAGGCGUUGGAUGAGAAGAUUGCAAAAUACAAAAAAUUCCUGGAUAAAGCCAAAGCAAAGAGAUUCUCAGCAAUAAGAAUCCCUAAGCAGCUGAGUGAAAAAGUGUUUGCAAAAUCCAUGCCGAAGCCUGAGGAACCCAAAGAAAAUGAAAACAGAGGCAACACAGAGAAGAAAAGAAAAAGGAAAGCAGAAGAUGAUGAGGAGGAGGAUAAACAGCCUUGCAAGAAACUGACAUCCAAAGAAAGAAGACGAGCCGAGAGGCAGCAGCGCUCCAAGAAAGUGGGAGUCCGGUAUUAUGAAACUCACAACGUGAAAAAUAAGAAUAAGAACAAGAAAAAAACCGGCUUGGAGGAACAAAGAUCAAAGCACAAAAAAUACAACCAUAAGCAAUAACUGCUUAUUCUAUUAAAUUUUACAUAAACCAGCUCUAGUAUGCAGUGGCUUUUUUUAAUAUAAAACUUGUAGUUCCCAUUGAAA